AUGGUCAUGCCAACGUUCUUUAACAAAAUCAAUACAUCCUUUGCUCUCCCAACAGCGGCCAAGUCAAGUCGCGCGCCCUUCUUUGAGCCUCUCAUCAAUAAAAACAUCUCCUCAGAUUCAACUUCAAGCUCCAAUGGCCUCCAGAACUUUAUCAUCCCCAAUAACGUCGGCCCAUCUGCCUGGAGCUGUACUUAUAUGCGUGAUUCUGUUUCUUCUCCGGGUCCUUCAGAAACGGGCACGGUCAUCUCCAUUAAAAAAGGUUCUCCCAAGAAAUCUUUCUCCUGUGGUGAACUCAUCUCUCGUGAAACUCAAUUGGACUAUGGCCGUUACUCCGUUGAUAUGAUCUCCACCGCAGUCAAGGGCCAUGUCACAGCUCUCUUUUUAAUGUCUCCCGGUGGCACUAGUGAGAUCGAUAUUGAGCUCACAGGUCUUGAUCCAAACAUCGUCCACUUGAACGUCUGGCUGAACGGUCGACAGAAUCCAGUCCGUGUUCCCUUAGGCUUUGAUGCUUCCAAAGGUUGGCAUAAUUAUGCAGUCGAAUGGCGAAAGGACUCCAUCACUUGGUUCGUCGAUGGUAAACAAGUUUUGAAGCGUACAGGCCCUGUUAUCAAGACCGUUCCUCCAAAGGGUACAAAUUACAAGCUGGUCUUGAACGCUUGGACAAACAAUGGUAAUGAUAAUUGGGCUGGCAAAUUUGUUUGGCCAAAGGGACGCAAUGUUAAAGUUCAAAGUCAUUUCAAAAACUUGAAAUAUACCCCAUAG